ACUGUUACUGACAGGAAGUGGAUGUAACCUGAGAGUUCAGCAACAAACUUCAACCCUGUAUUCACCAAGUUCUGUCUCCAGAGGUGCAACACAGAAGUUACCUCUGUCUCCGUUUCCAGUGUCUCCUUCUGUUGACUGAAAUUAGCCCACUGAAGCACCACCAGCCACUCCCUGCAGGAAAGUGUGUGUGUGUGUGUCAGGUGAAUAUCCCUCACCUCCUCCUCCUCCUCCUCCGGCUGUGUCUCAGGUUGUUGACUCCCUGGACGUGUCCACUCACGGCACCAGAGUGGGUCUGGUCCAGUACUCCAGCCGGGUCAGGACAGAGUUUCCUCUCAACAUGUACCACUCUGCUGAUGAGAUCAAAGCUGCAGUCAUGAAGGUUGAGUACAUGGAGAAAGGUACGAUGACGGGUCUGGCCCUGAAACACAUGCUGGAGAACAGUUUCUCCGAGGCCGAGGGCGCUCGUCCCGCCAGCCGCAACAUCCCCCGCAUCGGACUGGUCUUCACAGACGGACGCUCCCAGGACGACAUCACUGAGUUCGCCAAGAUGCCCAAAGAAGCCGGCAUCACCAUGUACGCUGUGGGCGUGGGAAAAGCUGUAGAGGACGAGCUUCGUGAAAUCGCGUCCGAACCCGUGGAGAAACAUUUCUAUUACACCACCGACUUCACGGCCAUCAGCACCAUCGCUGAGAACCUCAAGCUGAACGUCUGUCCAGAGGAGAGUCAGGGGAGAUGGGGGUGA